AUGGGGAACGGCAGCGCCGCUGACGCCGGUGGGCUGUUGCCUGGGCGUGGGCCAGAGUCCCUGGGGACCGGCGCCGGGCUCGGGGGCGCGGGCGUGGCGGCGCUGGUGGGGGGCGUGCUGCUCAUCGGCAUGGUGCUGGCCGGGAACUCGCUGGUGUGCGUGAGCGUGGCCUCCGAGCGCACCCUGCAGACUCCCACCAACUACUUCAUCGUGAGCCUGGCCGCCGCCGACCUCCUCCUCGCGGUGCUGGUGCUGCCCCUGUUUGUCUACUCCGAGGUCCAGGGUGGCGUGUGGCUGCUGAGCUCCCGUCUCUGCGACACCCUCAUGGCCAUGGACGUCAUGCUGUGCACAGCCUCCAUCUUCAACCUGUGCGCCAUCAGCGUGGACAGGUUCGUGGCUGUGACCGUGCCGCUGCGUUACAACAGUCAGGGCCAGCGCCAGCUGCUGCUCAUCGCCGCCACGUGGCUGCUGUCCGCCGCGGUGGCCGCCCCGGUGCUGUGCGGCCUCAACGACGUGCCGGGCCGCGACCCAACCGUGUGCCGCCUGGAGGACCGCGACUUCGUGGUCUACUCGUCCGUGUGCUCCUUCUUCCUGCCCUGUCCGCUCAUGCUGCUGCUUUACUGGGCCACUUUCCGCGGCCUGCGGCGCUGGGAGGCAGCCCGGCACGCCAAGCUUCACAGCCGCGCGCCGCGCCGACCCAGCGGCCCGGGCCCCCCGGGGUCAGACCCUGCUCAGGGCCCGUUCUUGCCACACUGCCCACCCCCAUCACCCAGCCUCCUGCCGGGUCCCAGCGGCUCCGGCGUGCGGGAGCCAGACCCCUCUGGGAGCCCCUGCAGCGCCGAGCUUCCGCUCCCCGAGGCACCCGCGCCGCCCGCGCCGCCUUGCCGCGGAAGAAGAGGCGCCAAGAUCACCGGAAGGGAGCGCAAGGCGAUGAGGGUCCUGCCGGUCGUAGUCGGGGCCUUCCUGAUGUGUUGGACGCCUUUCUUCGUGGUGCACAUCACGCGGGCGCUGUGUCCGGCUUGUUUCGUGCCUCCAAGCCUGGUCAGUGCCGUCACCUGGCUAGGCUAUGUCAACAGUGCCCUCAACCCCGUCAUCUACACCAUCUUCAACGCGGAGUUUCGCAGCGUCUUCCGCAAGAUUCUCCGUCUCCGCUGCUGAAAGGGCGGCUGGUGUCCUGAGGUCAAGGAGAUCCAAGCCUGUGUGCGGAGUGCGCGGGCGCACAUUCGUCUGAUCAAAUGAAAUCAUCUAUGAAAGCUGAGGGUUG